AUGGCGUCCACAGCAGUCCAGGUGCCUCCCCGAGAUCCGUGGUCCUCCAAAGACUUUGGAGCCAUCGAUAAGUGGCGGGCCAACGUCAUCAAAAAAGCUGCGGUCCGUCCCGCAUCCGAACUGGACCCCGUGGUUCUAAAGUUCCUUGACUUGCUGCAAAACAAGGAACUAGGUCUGGGGGAUCUGGCGAAUAAAAUGCUCAACGAAGUCCCCUCGACCCCGACGUAUGAUUUCGAUCCAAGUGGCGAAUUUGGCCGCAUGUCCGAUUAUCAACAAAUGGUCCAGUGCAUUAACCAGAUUCUGUACACCGCGCCGUCUUGGGACCUCCCUGCGUAUAAAGUCGGCUUGAUUGGGGUCCCUUUCAAUGCCCUCUUCAACUGGCCCAUGGCAACCGAAAGCGGGUACAGGUUCUUCAAAAACAGCAAGGUCAACGCCUGCCUGAAGGAUAUUCUCCAAGCCCACGGCAUGUACCUUCGAUCUCCGAAUUCCAAGUCGGUUCUCCCAUCCUGGUUCACGGAUGAGCCUCUCCAGAUCAUGACCGCAAAGGCCUCCCCAUGUUGGCCCGAUGGCGUAAAGAAAACUUUCAAGGACAUCUACGUCUGCACUCCCAACGACCCAACAAAAUGCUGGGGCUUUAAGUCCUGGGACGACUUUUUCUCUCGCGAACUCCGUAAAGGUGUCCGGCCAGUCGACAAACCAGACAGAAACCACGAUCCGUUCGAGUCUAGCAAGGCAGUUAUUGCGAAUGCCUGCGAGUCUGUGGUGUACCGGUGCCAAGAGAAAGUGCAGAAGAAAGAUCAAUUCUGGCUCAAAGGACAGCCAUACUCGCUAGCCGAUAUGCUAAAUUUUGAUGAGAGUGUUGACACAUUUGUCGGGGGAACAGUCUACCAAGCAUGGCUCGCUGCCGAAUGUUACCAUCGAUGGCACUCUCCGGUCACCGGGACCGUGAAGAAAAUCGUCCACGUUCCUGGAACCUACUUUUCGGAGCUGCGAGGAUAUGGCUUCCCCGAGGUAGCAGGCGACCCGAAUAUCCCUGAUCCCUCAGGUCCGAAUCUUUCCCAGCGAUACAUCACUGCCGUGGCAACGCGAGCCCUUAUCUUCAUCGAAGCUGACAACCCUACCAUCGGACUUAUGUGUUUCAUUGCAGUGGGGAUGGACGAGAUCUCAAGCUGUCAGGUCACAGUGAACGAGAACCAGUCAGUUAUGAAGGGAGAUGAACUUGGAAUGUUCCACCUCGGAGGAUCAAGUCAUUGCUUGGUCUUCCGGCAGGGCGUGCAUCUGGCCUUGACGAGAGCCGCUCAACCCCCGUACAGCGACACCGAAUUUGAUAAACAUACCAUCAUUCCAGUGAAUUCGUGGCUCGCAUACGCCCAACCAGCGUGA